AUGGCUUCAGUUACCAGCGAAAAAUUAAAUGAUGUAACUAUUUUUGGUAUAGGAAAUCCAUUACUUGAUAUUAGUGCCGAAGUACCAAUGUCAUUACUUGAAGGGUAUAGUUUAAAACCCAAUGAUGCAAUUUUAGCAACUGACGAACAUAAAGAUUUGAAUGAAACUAUACUUUGUGACUUUCCAAAUCAUCAUUUUGUUGCCGGUGGUUCAACACAAAAUGCAAUGAGAGCCGCAACAUGGCUACUGCAACAACCAGGUGUUUGUGUUUAUAUGGGUUGUGUUGGUCAAGACAAAUAUCAUCAAUUAUUACAUGACGCAGCUACAAGAGCUGGCCUUACUUUAUCUUAUCAAGUUUAUAUAGAUCCUGAAGGACACGUACAAACUGGUACUUGUGCUGUUCUUAUAACUGGAAAUAAUCGAUCAUUAGUAGCAAAUUUAGGUGCUGCUAAUCAUUUUACCAUUGAUCAUUUAGAUGAUCCAAAAAAUCUUGAAUAUAUCGAAAAAGCUAAAAUAUUUUAUUCAGCUGGAUUUUUUUAUACAGUAUGUCCUGAAGCUGUCAUGCGUUUAUGUGAACAUGCUGAUAAGAAUAAUAAAUUAUUUUGUACGAAUCUAGCAGCACCAUUUAUUUGUGAAAUAUUUGGUGAUAGAUUAAUGAAAGCUAUGCCAUAUGUUGAUUAUUUAUUUGGUAAUGAAACUGAAGCACGAAGUUUUGCUAAACAUCAAUUAAAAAUGGAUACUAUUGAUGUUAAAGUAAUAGCGAAAGCAUUAAGUGAGCUUCCGAAAAAAAACACUAAACGUCCACGAGUAGUUGUUAUUACACAAGGUGCUGAUCCCACUAUACUUGCUAUUGAUAUUAAAGAAUUUAACGUUAAAACACCAUUAGAAAUUGUUGAUACAAAUGGAGCUGGUGAUUCUUUUGUUGGUGGUUUUCUUGCUUAUUUGGCGCUUGGUAAAACUCAUGAAGAAGCUAUUCAAGCUGGUGCUUAUUGUGCUUUUGAAUGCAUUCAACAGUCUGGUUGUACUUAUCCAGAAAAACCUAAUUUUGAUCCAACAACAUUUAGUGUUUAA